UGCAGUGGUUAACGUGCAGUAUUGAAGUCUGGGCUGCCACUUCCUUAAUUUUGCUUUGUGAGUGAUUUAAGCUGGGACAUGAUCAGAGCAUUUAAAUGGACUUCUCCACAGCUCCCCAGAAGAGAGAGGCCGGGGACCGCAGGCUCACGCUGGGAGACAGCACAGAGGAAUAGAGGCAUCAGGAAAGAGCUGACAAACCCCUCGUGCAGAGCUGCUGCUCUCAAACUGAUGGAGACAGAAACUUUUGAAAGAAAACUACGUGGGAAGUUCCAUUAAGGAAAGAAGUGAGGUUUUGUUUGCAUGUCAUGGCUCACUUCUCCUGCAAGCCCUGAAUAUAUUGUAAAACGUGAAAGAGAUCCUGAAGUGCACUGAUGGAAAAGACAGAUGACAUUCAGAGCUGCCAGGUUGAGCCUGAAGAGGACAUCCCAAAGAGUUCCCCAUUUGACUUUGUUAUGAAACAGUUCCAAGGGAAGAAGUCCUCUCCUGGAAAAAGAGAAGAGCAGCCUUCAGCCAUCAAAAAAUUCUUCAAGGGCUUUGACUUUGGGAAAUCUGAAGGCAAGAACGGAAGGGAAACCGAAGAAACAGAAAUAAACAACUCUGGAGCCAAUGAUCAGAGUGAGAAGCAAGAUCUCUCUGUAGAAGAUGGACUUUCACAUCACAUUUCUGAAGCGGAGUCACCAUCUGGUGAGCAGAGAUUUAACCAGUUCAUGCAGAAACUGGGAAAGAAACCCAACAGCAAGAAUUUGGAUCUAACUAAUUGUGAAUUAAGUGCAGCAGAUGUAACAGAGCUGGCUUCUUUACUGCCAUUUCUCCCAGAGCUGGAAGAGAUCAACCUGUCCUGGAAUGGGUGUGUUGGUGGGACUUUGAAAGCUCUCACUGUUCAUCUUCAGCACGUGAACCUAUUAAAAGUCCUUCGACUUAACAACUGCAGGCUGACAGCUGAGGAUGUCACCUCCUUAGUUCUUUCUAUGUCUGCUGAUCCGCUGGAAGAUGACAUUCAGAGCUGCCAGGUUGAGCCUGAAGAGGACAUCCCAAAGAGUUCCCCAUUUGACUUUGUUAUGAAACAGUUCCAAGGGAAGAAGUCCUCUCCUGGAAAAAGAGAAGAGCAGCCUUCAGCCAUCAAAAAAUUCUUCAGGGGCUUUGACUUUGGGAAAUCUGAAGGCAAGAACGGAAGGGAAACCGAAGAAACAGAAAUAAACAACUCUGGAGCCAAUGAUCAGAGUGAGAAGCAAGAUCUCUCUGUAGAAGAUGGACUUUCACAUCACAUUUCUGAAGCAGAGUCACCAUCUGGUGAGCAGAGAUUUAACCAGUUCAUGCAGAAACUGGGAAAGAAACCCAACAGCAAGAAUUUGGAUCUAACUAAUUGUGAAUUAAGUGCAGCAGAUGUAACAGAGCUGGCUUCUUUACUGCCAUUUCUCCCAGAGCUGGAAGAGAUCAACCUGUCCUGGAAUGGGUGUGUUGGUGGGACUUUGAAAGCUCUCACUGUUCAUCUUCAGCACGUGAACCUAUUAAAAGUCCUUCGACUUAACAACUGCAGGCUGACAGCUGAGGAUGUCACCUCCUUAGGAGAGGCAUUUGAAAUUGUUCCUCAGCUUGAAGAACUGGAUUUAUCAUGGAACAGUAACAUAGGUGGAAAACUAUCACUCCUGACAAAAAAACUCCAGAAAGGAUGCAAGAUAAAACUUCUGAAAAUUACGGACUGUAACCUGACAGCAAAGGAUGGAGAAUCCCUUGCUGAAAUUCUAAAUGUGAUCCCAAACCUCGAAGUGUUAGAUCUCUCUAUCAACAAACACAUCGGCUGCAGCAUGAAGGUUCUUGCUCAGGAUCUGAAAAAUGUGCCAGGCUUGAAAGAGUUAAACCUGCACAUGUGUGGAUUAAAGCAAGACAGCCUCCAGGGCUUAGACACUGCUUUUCAGCACCUUGCCGAGCUGAGAAAAUUAGACAUAUCAUGUAACAAAGAGAUUGGCGGCGGCUUUAAAGACUCCACAGCUCAUUUGGCCAGCUUGAAAAAUCUCGAAGUCCUUGAUCUCCACCAGUGCUGCGUAACAGAAGAGGACAUGACCGUUUUGGCCCAGGUAAUACCUUUACUCUCCAGUCUUCAAGAGCUGAAUUUAUCCUCGAAUAAAAAUGUAGGAGUCUCAUCUCAUCCUCUUCUGGGCAGGCUCAGGUUUUUACCAAAGUUGAAAUCUGUGUCCAUCAGCAACUGUGGUUUACGUGAAGAGUCGUUUUCAUCACUAGCUGAGGCCGCCCUUCACCUUCCUGAACUGGAGAUAUUAGACCUUUCUUGGAAUAAGUGCGUUGGUGGGAACCUAAAGCUGCUUUGGGGAGCGCUAAAGCUUGCGACGGAGAUUCAAGUGUUAAGACUGAGCAGCUGUAACCUGGUGGCUGAAGAUUUGGCACUUCUAACAUUACUGAGGCAGGAUGGCCAUUUAGCCAGAUUACAGAAGCUGGAUUUGAGUUAUAACAACAACAUCUCCGACGAAGGGUGGGUCGUUUUCUGUCAAGGCUUAGCAGUGUUCAAAGAGCUGGCAGAGCUGGACGUCAGCCUUCGCCCCUCGUCCUGCCGUGCCUGCGGGACGUGGUUCGGCGCCUUGUUAGCAGCGCUCACAAAGCUGCCUGCCUUGGCAGAGCUGGGGAUGCAGCGAUGGGUCCUUUCAGAGGCCCAGCGGAAACGACUGGAAAGCUUUAACCAAGACAACAAAAGAAACAUUCGUUUUGACUGUUGAUGAAGGUUGAAGUUUUCUGGAAGGUUGAAGGUUUCACGAGCAGCACAGGAACCAAGUAUUAUGUGUCUUUCACUUAGAACACUACCCAGUUUUUAGUAAUCUUGUCUCAUGAGAGCUCUU